UAGUUCAUUGUAGGAGCUUAAAGGUUAGAAAUGUCAUUUUGCACCGAAUGAUAGGAAUGCUGAACCUCCACCUCAAUUUCAUAGAAGCAUUGCAGACCCAUCAACCAUGGUUGCAGUGCUUCAGCUGAGUCCUCUGGAAGUUUCAUAACCAAAAUGAACCCAAAUUCAUAUCCCAAAACGAACCCAAAUUCAUAGCCCACAAACCAAGACACCAAGUAAAGCAACUUCACUGUUACAUCACUAAGAAAGGCCUCAGUCACAGACCCUCUAAUGUCACCAAGCUCAUUAGCACAUGCGCCGAAACGGGCACCUUCGAAAGCUUAGACUAUGCCCGAAAAGCCUUCGACUUGUUCCUUGAAGAAGAAGAAACAAAGGGUGUAUUGGUCGUGUACAAUUCUCUGAUAAAAGGGUUAGUCUGGUGCUGGGCUUAGUGACGAGGCUAUUGGGCUCUAUGUUCAGAUGUUGCAUUGAGCGCGUGUUCGAAGACUGUGGCUUUCUCUGAAGGGGUUCAGCUCCAUGAGUGUUUUAUGGGAAUUAUUCUUUGAUUCGUUUCUAUGCAAUGUGGGGACUUAGAUUAUGCCCGGAAGGUGUUUGAUGAAAUGCUUGAGAGAAAUACUGUGUCGUGCACUAGUUUGAUUUGUGGUUAUAUGCCAAGGGAGGCUGUUUCUUUGUUUUUUCGAGAUGUUGGCUACCGGGAUUAAACCCAAUUCGGUGACUAUGGUGUGUCUCAUUUUUGCUUGCGCAAAGUUGAGGAUGUUGCGUUGAGUGAGAGGGUGUGUGCUUACAUUCGGGAGUCUGGACUGAAGAGUAAUAUGCUUAUGGUGAAGAGUAAUAUGCUUACAUUCGGGAGCUACUGAUGCUGCAAAGUGGCUUUUUGAUGAAUGUGUGGAUAAGAACUCGGUUCUUUACAAUACGAUUUUGUCAAAGUGGCUGGUGAAGCAGUUUCAGUGAUGGGUGAAAUGCUACAGCAGCCAUUCGAGCAAUGGCCAUGCAAGGAAAUGGGGAGCGAGCUCUAGAGCUUUUUGAUGACAUUGGGAAAGGGUGCAGAUUCUUGCCAACUCCAAAUAAGCUAGCUAGGUGAAAGUGUUUGCUGUUCCCCUUAGUUGUGCGACUUGUGCCUACAUUAUUUUCCUAGGUCCUUAUGUGCCAAUCCAUCGAAAAAUAUCAUAUGUUUCCUUGGAUUAAGCAAUCGUUUCUCAGAAACAGUUCCAUAGAUGACUGCAAUUUUGAAAAAGUGUUCUUCAGAAGGUCCAACUGCAUUUCUUUUCCAUUAAAGUGAUUAACAGUGGUGGUUGCUGAAUAUUUUUCAGCAGCAGUGAUCAAGUGGCAUGAUGCUGGGGCUUCCCUUAAGACGCUGCUGCAGGAUGGCUGCACAUCCAUCAGGCUUAACCAAGUUCCAAACCGAUCGGAAACGUGGUUUUUGACUCAAAAUAGCAGCCCCAGAUGGAAGAAGGGAAAGCAGAAGCUGCUUUGCAAGUGCUUCGUGAGUUGCAAGGAAGGCAGGCACUAGGAAGGCAACAUGCAACAGCACUCUAGGAAGGCAGAUCAAUAGGAAGGCAACAUUCAACAGAUGGAGCAAGGCAUAGCAAAGCAAAAUAUGGCUGCUCUGACCAAUGAAGCAGCUAGUUCUUCAUCUUCUUCUCUCCCACUUUCUUCUACUGACCAAAAUCAUUAUACAUACCAGGUUUUCCUGAGUUUUCGAGGGGAGGAUACACGCUUUAAUUUCACAGAUCAUCUGCACACCGCUUUGGAGGACAGGGGAAUUAAGACCUUCAUAGAUGAUGAGCUCAGAAGAGGAGAGGAAAUAUCCGCGGCUCUUGUCAGAGCAAUUGAGGAGUCCAGAGUUUCAAUCAUUGUCUUCUCUCAAAAUUAUGCUUCGUCAAGGUGGUGCUUAGAUGAGCUGGUCAAGAUUCUUGAAUGCAGAAAAUCCAAAGGACAGGAAGUUAGACCUGUAUUUUACAAGGUUGAUCCGGCAGAUGUACGACACCAAAGAGGUGCUUUCGGUGACGCAUUUGCUACGCUUGAUCAAUGCAAAUACAAAGACAACAUGGACAAAUGGAAGGCAGCUCUUAAGGAAGCAGCAGAUUUGUCUGGAUGGCCUUUCAAGGAUGGCGAGUCUGAGGCUAAAUUUAUCAGGAAGAUUGUUGGGGAGUUGUCCGCCCGAGUAGUAAACCCUUCAUGUGAGUUGCAAGUAGCUGCAUAUCCAAUUGGAUUAGAGUCUUGUAGACAAGCUGUCAAAAGUCUUUUAAAAGCCGAGGAAAAUAUUGUUCGCAUGGUAGGCAUAUGGGGGCCUGGUGGAAUAGGAAAGACCACAAUCGCGAAAGAUGUGUUUAAUUCAAUUAGCUAUAAGUUUGCAUGUAGUUGUUUCUUGGCAGAUGUUAGAUCAAAUGCCCUAGUCCAACUGCAAGAGACACUUUUAUUUGAUAUUUUAAGAGACUCAACUUUGAAGGUGAACAGUGUUCAUAAAGGAGUCGGUUUGAUAAAGACAAGGAUGCAAAAUAAAAAAGUUCUCUUAAUCCUUGAUGACGUGAGUCAUUCUAGCCAAUUACAGAACUUGGUUCCAUCCCCUAAUUGCUUUGGGCCGGGCAGUAGAAUUCUCAUAACAACAAGAGAUAAACGUUGGCUAAUUGCUCAUGAAGUUGAUGAAGUAUACGAGGUGAAGAUGUUAAAUGAUCAUCACGCUUUGGAGUUGUUUAGCUUGCAUGCAUUCAAAAGAAAUGGACCUCCAAGUGAUUAUCUGGAACUUGCACAACAUGUUAUAAGCUAUGCCCAAGGCCUUCCAUUAGCUUUGAUACUCUUAGGCUCUCAUCUAUUUCGUAGACGCAUAGAGGAGUGGAAAGCUACAAUAGGUAGUUUUAAAGGAGGUCCUCAGGCAGAGAUACAAGACGUUCUCACACUAAGUUAUGAUGCUCUAGGAGCAGAUUUAAAAGAACUAUUUCUUGAUAUUGCUUGCUUCUUUAAAGGUAAGCAUGUUGCCCGUGUGAAACCAAUACUAGAAGCUCUCUACGACCUCAAAACAAUGAUGAUUGGUAUUGCACAACUCCAAGAAAAGGCCUUGAUAAAAAUUGACAAAGAUGUGAUUUGGAUGCAUGACUUGAUAGAGGAAAUGGGUAAAGAUAUAGUGUAUCAAGAGUCACCUGGUGAGCCCGGAAAACGCAGUAGAGUGUGGAGUGAAGAAGAUGUCAACCACAUUCUAACAAAUAAUACAGGAACAAAGAAAGUUAUAGGCAUCCAGGUCUCGUGGCGAUCAUCUAUGAUAUUUUUGAAUGGUAAAAGCUUCUCACAGAUGAAGAAUCUUAGAUAUAUUUCUAUGAGCAAGGACCUGGAAUUGUUUGCCUCAAAAUCGUCUAAAAUCAGGUCCAAACAGGAAUAUGAAUCCUUUUCUGGAGACAUUGAUUAUCUCUCCAACCAGUUGAGGUGGCUUGAUUGGCCUGAUAGUCCGUUGCAAUCUUUUCCGUCUGAUUUUCAUGCAAACAAACUUGUAAACCUCAAUAUUCCUGACAGCCACAGAAUCACACGACUAUGGGAGGGACGUAAGAAUUUUUCAAAGCUAACACGUAUGAAUUUAAGGGGUUGUGAAUCCCUAACAGGACUGCCAUACUUCAGUGGAAUACCCAACUUGAAAGAGUUGGAUCUAGCAGAUUGUGAAAAUCUUAUAACAAUACCAUGCAAUGAGUUACAAAAUCUGGAGAUCCUAAAUGUGAGUAGAUGCUCAAAUCUUGUUACAUUUCAAACAAAAGCAAGUAUUUCACAUGAUCGUGACAGUGGCUCGCUAGCGCUUCCCAAGCUACUUGUACUGAAAAUCAAAGGAUGUAAUUUAUCAUCUGCUGAUUUCAUUGGGAGUCUUGACUGCUUGAAAACAUUAACCGAACUUGAUCUCUCAAGUAACAAUUUUGUUAGUGUUCCUGCACUCGGCAAAUUUGUCAACUUGCCAAGGAUCGACUUGAAUUGUUGCAAGAGACUUAGAGAGAUUCCAGAGCUUCCACCAAAUAUACUUGAGGUAAAUGCGAGGGAUUGCGAAUCACUGGAGAGAUUUUAUAUAUGGCCCAAAUCUUUGAAAAUGAUAGAGAUGGACUUGUGUAAUUGCCAUAGAUUUAGUUACAGUCUGGGAUAUGACAUGGAGAAGAUGGAAAAUAUUUUGCUGAAUAAUCAGAACAGCUCCCCAUUUACGCUUGUAUUACCCGGUAGUGAGGUUCCGAAGUGGUUCCAUAUUUCGAAGGAGGUUGCGGCUAAUGAAAAAGACCUGGCAUUGACAUGUGCAGUUUCUUUUGAAAUCCCAAGCAAAUUGAAUUGGGAGAACAUAGGACUGGCUCUUUGUUCUGUUUUAGUUGAGGAAACUUUUAGUAUUUUUAUUGACGAUCGAGCUGUUAUUUCCAUCAAUGAGGAACUCAUAGAUCAGAGAUCCAAUCGGCACAGUCCAACGCCAAUUGGCCAUAUGCGUCUGAAUUAUAUUCCAUUAUCUGAUGAAAUAAAGGGAAAGGUGGAUCAAAACGGUUGGUCGCAUUAUCACUGUCGAGUUCAAUUUUACCCUGUUGAUCAAAUGAAAAGCUGUGGAGUUCACCUCGUAUGCCAACCACCGAAUGAAUAUUCAAAUAAGAUUGUAAUGGCAGCUCCACCUGCCGAUGAGAGUGGUAUGCUAGACUGCCUUUCGUGGUUUUCAUUGCCGUCAAUUGAAGAUGAUUGUGAAUCACUGGACACAGACGUUGGCCUAGACAUAAGGCGUUGGCUUUCGUGAACCUGCUGAUUUCUUGAUAGCUGCUGUUGGACCAGCUGUUGUUCCUGCAAUCACUCCAGCUAUGGAGAAAACAAUACCUUUGGCUAUAUCUGAUUGCUUUCAGAUAAGAAUUUUGAUGAUCUGGCUUGUUCCUUUAUAAAGUUGGCUUUAGUUAUCUAAUUGAUGCUUGUGCUGCAGAAAGUAGUGGGAGAUAAAGCAGUUAAUCAAUUGGAAAAUCAGUUAACUCAAAACUUGAAGCUACUGUAUCCAGGAAAAUCGAGGCACGGUUUCAAACAUCGGGUAAACAAGCUCUUCAGGAUUCUCUUAAGUCUAGCAUGGAAGCUUCAGUGGUACCUGCCUUUGAGAAGUCAUGUAAAGCCAUGUUUGAGCAAGUAGAUGCCACAUUCCAGAAGGGAAUGGUUGAACAUGCAAUUGUGGCUCUGCAGCAUUUUGAGUCUGCACAUUCUCCGUUAGCCCAUGCUUUAAGGGUGUGUAUGCUUGUACUCUGUCCAUCUUCUUCUCUUUUACUAAUUUAUUUAUUGACAAAGUUUCUUCACUUAUGCUUUCAAGAACUAUAAUGUUUGGGGUCUUUGAUUCUUAUGAGAAAAAGCGGAAUGAAGAUUGGUAGCUCGUUAAGAAUUAUUAUCUGCUCACAAUGACUGCAGAACUUCUUGUGGGGUGCACUAGUAUUUAUGUAACUGGUCUAUUUUGAGGUGCAUUAGCUAAAGCAAAUUUCAUUGAGAUGUGUUCUUUUAGAGUGGUUCAAAGCAACAACUUGAAACGAUGCUGCUCUUUUAACUUCAAGUUUCAAAUUGUCAGAAUCCAGAUUUUUAUGAGUAUUCCUUCCUUUUCAAGAUAUUCCAA